AUUGCCGAAGGGAUCAAUCAAGGUCCAUUAUAUAUAAUAAACACAUGGAGUGUAUUCAACGCUAAACAGAUAUACAUAAGAGACGAGAUUGAAAAUGAGCCACUAGUUUAUACCACUACGUGGGCGCUACAGGCAUUACUACGUAUGCUAUCCCGAAGUUUUUAUAGACAAAACAGUUGUGUGUUUGCGCCCAACAUUUUUGGCGAUGACAACGGCAACGACACCCAAACCUCCAGCAGUCGACAGGAUAUUGCACUGGCAUUAGUCGGACAAAGUUUUAACCAACAAGAAUAUAUCAAAUAUUAAUAUCUUGAGCACAUUAAUCAC